GUUCCCUCCACAACUUUUAUUAGGUCUCACUCCUUGUCUUGGUUUCAACGACAUAAAUAUCUUUUUUUUUCUUGUUUUUCUUCUUCCACAACGAGUUUUACAUCGCCACGACACAAUGCGUCUGCAAAUCACCCUUCCGCUUAUUUUGGCAUAUAGCGCUAUCGCUGUGGAGAUGUAUCUUCCGGCCAAAGUUCAGGAUUGUAUUUAUGAGCUCACGAGGAACAUGGAAAUGCAAGGGAAAGAAUUUACCCGGGAGGAUUCAGACCGUCUCCUGCGGCAAUGUGAAAAAAGGGUCCAAAAGGAAGAUGAGGCAAAACGUCUCAAGCAAGAAUCUGUGCAGCAUUAGAUAGGACCGCAGGUUGGACAGCGUGCAAUCUCAC